GAUGGAGGGUCUUUGGACUUGGUGUUGAAAAAAGCUGGAAGAAUACCAGAAGAGAUACUGGGAAAAGUGACUGUUGUUGUUCUUAAAGGAUUAAACUACUUGAGAGAAAAUCAUCAAAUAAUGCAUAGAGAUGUGAAGCCAUCAAACAUUUUAGUCAACUCUAGGGGAGAGAUUAAAAUUUGUGACUUUGGUGUCAGUGGGCAGCUUAUUGAUUCAAUGGCCAAUUCCUUCGUAGGGACUAGAUCUUACAUGUCGCCUGAGAGAUUACAAGGAACUCAGUACACAGUCCAAUCAGACAUCUGGAGUUUGGGACUCUCACUAGUGGAGAUGGCAAUUGGUCGCUAUCCAAUCCCUCCACCUGAUCCCAAAGAAUUGGCAGCUAUAUUUGGAUCCAAGUAUUCUUUAACUGAGGGACAGUCUCCAUCACCAAGCCCAAAAAACAGACCAGGUAGCUUUGGUUCCCCUUUUGGUGAUGGACCAAAACCAAUGUCUAUAUUUGAGUUGUUGGAUUAUAUAGUGAAUGAGCCUCCACCAACAGUGCCUGCAGGAGUAUUUUCAGCAGAGUUUAAGGAUUUUGUUGACCGAUGCUUGAAGAAAAUCCCAGAAGAAAGGACUGAUUUAAAAACAUUAAUGGUAAGAUUGACAAAUAUUCCUGUUUUCUUUGGUAAAACUGACAAAUAUUCCUGUCUUCUUUGGUAAGAUUGACAAAUAUUC